GAGGCAUCGCGGGAAAGAGGCGGCGUUGCUGAGGAGAGGAUUUAGACCGGAAGGGGUCGGACAACCACAGAGCCUGUAGCAGGUUAUUUAGGCAGAUACUCUGUUUGCCGCGGAGCCGCGGCGGUGUAGGAUGAAAAAGAGUUCCUACUUUUUACAAGAUUGCCUCUUCACUCUCCAACUUUAACUACGAGACAAACAUACAGGUUUACUCCCACGGUAACGACAGUGGGAGCAGCUUGUGAUUGGCACAAUGGAAGAAUCUAGAAUUUGCAGGAUAGGAGUAAAAGCAGAUAUGCUGCGUAACUCUCAACCAAAGGAUCAUCUUCAAUGUCAUGAUUCAAAUCCUGUUGGCACAAGUAACAAACAUUCACUGGAAGAGAAGGAAAGCAGUGACUUUAUAGCAAAGAACAGGAGUUUGGUGAGUCCACUGUACAGCACACAGGAGUCGAGAGAGGAACCUUCUGGGCCAGAAGCUGGAACUGAUCCCUCUGAUAGUCAACAGGAUUCAGAGUGCAACAAGAACAAAGGAAAAACCUUAGGAAAAGAAGUAUUAUUAUUGAUGCAAGCCUUAAAUACUCUUUCAACUCCAGAGGAGAAGCUGGCAGCUCUCUGUAAGAAAUACGCUGAUCUCCUGGAAGAAAACAGGAAUGUUCAGAAGCAAAUGAAGAUUCUUCAGAAGAAGCAAACUUUGAUCAUGAAAGAGAAAGUUCACUUGCAAAGUGAGCACAGCAAGGCUAUCUUGGCAAGAAGCAAACUAGAGUCUCUUUGCAGGGAACUUCAGCGUCACAACAGGACAUUAAAGGCACAAAUGGAACAGCAUGACAUUCAUAAUGCCAAACUCCAGCAGGAAAACAUGGAACUGGGAGAAAAGCUGAAGAAACUCAUUGAGCAGUACUCACUGAGGGAGGAGCAUGUUGAUAAAGUGUUCAAACAUAAGGAACUGCGACAGCAGCUUGUGGAUGCCAAGCUUCAGCAAACAACACAGUUCAUAAAAGAAGCUGAUGAAAAACAUCAGAGAGAGAGAGAGUUUUUAUUAAAAGAAGCAACAGAAUCGAGGCACAAAUAUGAAGAAAUGAAACAUCAAGAAGUACAAUUAAAACAGCAGCUUUCUCUUUAUAUGGAUAAGUUUGAAGAAUUCCAGACUACCAUGGCAAAAAGCAAUGAACUCUUUACAACCUUCAAGCAGGAAAUGGAAAAGAUGACAAAGAAAAUUAAAAAACUGGAAAAAGAAAUGCUAAUAUGGCGUACCAAAUGGGAAAGUAAUAAUAAAGCACUUCUACAAAUGGCUGAAGAGAAAACUAUUCGUGAUAAAGAGUACAGGUCCUCUCAGAUGAAACUGGAACGAUUAGAGAAGCUGUUUAGAGCACUUCAAAUGGAAAGAAAUGAACUCAGUGAGAAGGUGGAAGUCCUGAAAGAGCAAGUGUCUGUAAAAGCAGCAGAUAAAAAUUUAGCAACACCUGUGACACAGCCCUGCACUGCUCUUGAUUCUCAGAAUGAGUUGAUCUCUUCCUCUAAAAUAGCCCCAGAAGUCUACUUGAAGGCUGAGCCCAAGGGAAUGAAUGAAACAAAACGCAGCUUAAAAGACCCUUUCCAUAUGAUCUCUUCUGGGAUUUGAUUUAGUUGAUAAGAUGAAGUGUGAUCACUGUAUUGAGAGAUAUAUUUUGAGUAUAACUUUUCUGUAGUAGUUAGUAUUGGUUUUCUGAUAAGUUUUCUUACUUUUUCUACUACAUCUUUAUUUUCUUAGAAUUACUGAAUUAUGUGACACAGGAGGCUGUUUAGCAGUUUUCCAUUGUUUUAAUGUGUAUGUUUUCUACAGUUCUAUUGCAUAUCUGCCUCAUUUUCCCUUCAUUGCCUUGUUCUUUCAGUAUAUCUUUGUGUUUAUUGCCUUGUCAUAUAAUUGCUAUACACACACACACACACACACACACAUAUCUUUCCCACAUAAUUAUCAUUAUUAAAUUUAGAUUUGUGCUGAUAGUGGCUUCCAAUGUGAAAACUAAAACUAAACUCUACUAUUGUAAAAAGAGAAAAUAUAAAAAGUGA